CGGCGGGAUGUUGGCGUCCUGAAGCUGCACUCCGAAGGGUCUGCAGGCCUGUAGAAUGUGAACAAACAUAACUGCUGAAACUGGCAAAUGGAGGUGAGAACUGUGUGUCCCUGUGAUGUGAUCGUUUGACAAUGGGAAGAGGAAGGCACAAAAGAACAAUGGAAAGUCAAAGGAAGCAAGUGGCGUCAGAUGCUACUCGUAGCCUAGCCUCGGCUACCACGCUGAUGGCGGCUAACGCAUCCUCGCUAACAACAGCGAACAACCAUGGACAGGCAAGUGAGCCCGUACUUCAUGAUAAUAUGCAUGGCUAUAUUGACCACUAUGAGACUGUGCACCAUAACUCCGGAGAUUAUCCUCCCUUACCACUUUCCUCGGAGGGUUCCUCCUCACCUGAUGCUAUUAUGCCGGCUGCUAAGCUAACACGUAUGGGGGAAGCCUGGGGUAUUGAAGGUGCUACCACGACUAUUUUAAAGGAGUUCUCUGCUUUCACGGACAAUAUUAAUAAAAGGUUGGAUACUUUGCAGGGCAUGAUGAAAUGUAACUCAAUUGAAAUCGCAGACAUUAAACGCGAAAUGAAAGAAAAUACUAAAGAAAUCAUAGCCAUUAAAAAUGAGUUCAAGGCUGUUCAUGAUGACGUGAUGGCAGUGAGAAAUCAAGUUAAAGAACAAUCAGAACAAAGAGUAAAAGACAAUGAAAAGCUCACGGCCAUGGGUCUCAGAGUAACACGCCUGGAGGAUUACUCACGACGUCAGAAUCUGAAGGUGUACGGGAUCGAGGAGAAGGAGCAGGAGAAUUUGCGGGAGGUGACCACUCGUCUCUGCCAGGAGUUGCUGCCGGAGGCCAGGGACCAGUUCGCGGGGGCAAUCGACGUGGCCCACCGCCUUGGCCCGAGGAAGUCCGGCAGCACACAAUCUAGAGGAGUCAUUAUGCGAUUCCUCUACCGUCACGACAGAGAUCGAAUUUGGGAGGCCUCCAAAAAUUCUGUCCUGCUGAGGAACAGACACUUGAAGUUUGCUCAAGACUGGUCGCCAGAAGUUCGGGAGAGAAGACGUCAGCUCUACCCCAUGGUGGCCAGGGCAAAGGACGAGGGCCGCACUGCCUAUUUGGUUGCUGGACGGGCAUUCGUCGAUGGAAAAGAAAUUUUCCCUUCUUGACAAUCUCCUACACUUUUGAGUCUCACUCUGUGGAGCUUGAUGGCAGCUUCUGGAGAUCCCAAUGGGGAGGUGACUUAUGGUUCGCUCAUGGUACAGAACGUUCAGGAGGGGUGGGCAUUCUGAAAAAUCGUUUCAAUGGUAAGAUUUUACAUUCAGACCUAGAUAAGGGCGGCCAUUACAUUACUUUAGUAUUGGAAAAAGAUCAUAUUAUCUUUAUUAUUGUUAAUGUGUAUGGCUUUAACAAUCUGAAUGAGAACAAAAACUUGUUUACUACAAUAGAGAAGCGUAUGUCGUUCUGGUUGAAUAAAUACCCUACAAGCUUUAUCAUUCUGGGAGGAGAUUUUAAUGUGGUAUUAAGUAAUGAGCUGGAUCGUAUCCCCCCUAAAAAGCCAGAUUCAUCAAGUAACUUUGUUAAAUUUCUUGCUCAAAAAUUUGAUUUAAUUGACUCGUGGAGGGAGGGUCACCUAUCUCUGAAGGCAUUUACCUGGUCGAACAAAACGUUAACAAGACAGUCACGUAUUGAUUUUUGGUUGACCUCUAAAACUUUAAAAAAUGUUACCUCAGAUAUUUUCCCUGCCCCAUUGACGGACCACAAAACCAUUAGUCUCCAUAUUUCAACUGGAGCAAACUCUCCUAAACCAUCAUACUGGAAGCUUAAUAGCUCAAUUUUAGAGGAGAAUGAAGUGGCUAAUACUAUUUUGGAAUUAAUAAGCGAGUACUGGACAAAAGCAACGGAGCAAAAAAGAUUUAAUAUUAACUGGGAACUUUUCAAAUUUGCGUCAGCAAAAUACUUACGGAAAUUUAGUAGUGAUGUAGCAAAGAAAAAAAGGAAAGCCGAAAAUGAUAUAAUUCUAAGAACUACAACCUUAUUAUCAAAAUCUAUCAGUGAUAUCACUGAAUCUGAAAAAACUGAACUUAAUGACCUUCAACAAAAAUUGGAUGAAAUUUACAAGAACAGAGCUGAAGGAGCUUAUGUAAGAUCACGUAGACAGUGGCUUGAAGAAGGAGAGCAAAAUUCUGCUUACUUUUUUAGGCUGGAAAGACAGCAGGGUAAUAAAAAUACUAUAAAU